AGGGGGACGUGCAGCAAACAUUGCAGCCAUCGUCGAGGUCACCGCCGCGGCUCCCCGCACCACCUCAGGCCGACAGCUGUCUUCCCCCCGGAGCUAGCAGAAGUCUCCGGCCGCUUUUACGCGCACCAUGAACGGGCCAGCCGUGCCGUUGACCCCCUGCUAACAUUCAUGAAAAUGCCCCAUGCGUGUUGGUCGGAGCUAGAAGAUGGCGGAGUCGGAUGGUGGGGAUUUUGCUCCGAAGCUGUCGGAGAACAGUAUGGCUAACAAGAAUAGCACCCUGCGCUGUACGUUCUCGGCCCCGAGCCACAGUGCCACCCUCCUCCAGGGCUUGUCGGUUUUGCGGGCUCAGGGCCAACUACUUGACGUCGUGCUGGCCAUCAAUGAGGAGCGCUUCCAGGUCCAUAAAGCAGUGCUGGCCGCCUGUAGUGAUUAUUUCAGAGCAAUGUUUACCGGAGGCAUGAGGGAGUCAAACCAAGAUACCAUUGAGCUGAAGGGUCUGUCCGCCCGAGGGCUGAAACACAUUAUCGACUUCGCAUACAGUGCAGAAGUCACUUUAGAUCUGGACUGUAUUCAGGACGUCCUCGGGGCUGCGGUGUUCCUGCAGAUGGUCCCUGUGGUGGAGCUCUGUGAAGAGUUCCUGAAGUCAGCCAUGAGCGUUGAGACCUGCCUGCACAUUGGGCAGAUGGCCACCACCUUCAGCUUGUCUUCCCUCAAGGAGUCAGUGGAUUCCUUCACCUUUCGCCACUUCCUCCAGAUUGCUGAGGAGGAGGACUUUCUGCACAUUCCCAUGGAGCGUCUCAUCUUCUUCCUCCAGAGCAACAAGCUGAAGAACUGCAGUGAGAUCGACCUCUUCCACGCCGCCAUCAGGUGGCUCCAGCACGACGAGUCUCGCCGGGCCCAAGCCAGCAACGUCCUCUGCCACGUGCGCUUCCCUCUCAUGCGUUCCUCGGAGCUGGUGGACAGCGUUCAGAAGGUGGACAUCAUGGUGGAGGACGUGCAGUGCCGUCAGUAUCUCCUCGAGGCCUUCAACUACCAGAUCCUUCCAUUCCGGCAGCAUGAAAUGCAGUCCUCGCGGACACUCAUUCGUUCCGACGUCAUGUCGCUCAUCACCUUCGGGGGGACGCCGUACACCGACAACGACCGCACGGUGAGCACCAAGGCGUUCUACCUCCCCGACGUCGCCUCCCGCCAGUUCAAAGAGCUGACCGAGAUGGAGGCCGGCUGCAGCCACGCUUGUGUCGCCGUCCUCGAUAACUUUGUGUAUGUCGUCGGCGGACAGCACCUGCAGUACCGCAGCGGCGAGGGGGCGGUAGACAGCUGCUUCCGCUACGACCCGCAUCUGAGCCAGUGGCUGCGCAUCCAGCCCAUGCAGGAGGCCCGCAUCCAGUUUCAGCUCAACGUGCUGCACGGGCAGCUGUACGCCACGGGAGGGCGCAAUCGGUCCGGAAGCCUGUCGUCCGUGGAGUGCUACUGCCCCAAGAAGAACGAGUGGUCAAACGUGGAACCGCUGAAGCGCAGGAUCUGGGGUCACGCCGGGACGCCCUGCGGGGAAAAGUUGUACAUCUCAGGGGGUUACGGCGUCUCGUUAGACGACAAGAAAACCCUUCACUGCUACGACCCCGCGUCCGACCAGUGGGACUUCAGAGCCCCGAUGAACGAGCCCAGAGUGCUGCAUGCCAUGAUCAGCACCAGGGAUCGCGUCUACGCCCUGGGGGGACGCAUGGACCACGUGGACCGUUGCUUCGACGUGCUGGCGGUCGAGUAUUACAUUCCAGAGAACGACCAGUGGACGACCGUCAGCCCCAUGAGAGCAGGGCAGUCGGAGGCAGGCUGCUGCUUACUAGACAGGAAGAUCUACAUCGUCGGGGGUUACAACUGGCACCUGAACAAUGUCACGAGCAUCGUCCAGGUGUACAACACAGUGACCGAUGAGUGGGAGAGGGAUUUGCACUUCCCAGAAUCCUUUGCUGGCAUCGCUUGCACGCCGAUUAUCCUUCCACAAAACACCACGCAACGAUAAGUAUCUGACCUGCGACUGUGAACACUUUACGCCGUAAACCACGGAGGCGACACAAGAUGUGAACUAAAUGUAAGUGUGUGUGUGUGUCUUCAUAUGAAGAAACUAACUGAAAAGCUACUUACAGCGUUAACCAGAAUUGUGUAUUAUUUUCUAGCCCUGAUGACUAUCUUCACAUCGUUUUUUUUUGUAAACAUUUUUGAAUUAAACUUUACACACGCUAGGAUGUUCAACAAAAACUUUAAAUUGUCUGCAGAUGUAAGAGUAGCAUUACUUAAAGACUUUACAGAAAUAUUAACAGUUCCAUUUCUGAAUAUGUUUACCAUCAAGGGCUUCAGUCACAGACAACUUAUCUCUUUUCAUGUUUAUCGUGUUAUUUAAUCAGAGAAGGUGUAACUUCUGGAAAUCUCUUGCCGUUUGAUUUUUGCUGUGCAAAGACAUUAACAGACUCGGCGUUUAUAAUGUUGAAACUUCUGAUUGUACAGUUGCAAUUUAUUUCAUAUUUUCAUCCAGUUCAAACAGUUGAAAUAAGUGAAAACCUGUUUGUUUUUUGUUUUUUCUGACAUUGACCAGUCAACAAGCCACAUAUCAAAGCACACGGAUUAUUGCACAAAAACAGGCGCUGGCUGUGUUUCAGCGUUGAAUCUGUUAAUCGACAUUAUGGGUGUUAAUGAUUUUUUUUUAUUUUACUAUCUGCAACUUUCCUGAGCUGAAUAAAAAGCACUGACGCUCUCAUCGUUCUCUCAGACGACAGAAGUCAGUGCUGGCCUCCGACAGCAGCUACACAAUAAAUUAAUGUUUGUCUCUAUUAGAAUGUCAUUGUGCGUGGACCUUUAUGUCAACAAGUAACUAAAACUUUCACACAGGACUUUUCUAAACUAACUGUAAUGUCUCUUAGAAAGUGAAGGCCUAACUUACAUGAUAAGCUUACAUAGCAAAUGUCUCCAAUUGUCCAUUUGUUAUGGUUAUUUGUUUUUGUUUUGAAUGUGUCGCUGCACUUUUAUGAUGUAUUUGUCGCGUGUCUGAUGCUGAUAUCGUCCGUGUACUCAAUGUGUAUGUUGGAAACAAGCUUGAAGUUGUUGUUUUUUUUUCCCCUUUUAAACUUGACCAUCUACAUGAACGUAAGAAGGGUCCAUUUUCAUACUGUCUCCAUUCUGCCUUAGUGUGUCUUGUUCUAACUGUACAAGUAAAAGCACAUUAUGUUGUUGAAGUGCAAUAUAAAGGGAACUGCUGUAGUCAGUGGGGAAUGUACACAUUGGUGUAGCUUUAUAUGCAUCCUUUAUUAAAGGUGUACCAUGUUUUAAAAAUA